AUGACCAGAGGAUCAAACACACCACUGGUCUGCGUGACCUCUUCUGUCUGCGAGGCACAGACCACGCGCAGACAUAAUGGUUUACAGUCUGUUUGUUUUUCUGAAGUGCGCAGACAUAAAAACGUCUGCGUGAGGUCUUCACCACACAGAUAUGGGAUAGCAUCUUCUAAAGUCUGCAAGCCCUUUAACCUAUUAAAAACGCAUCUUUUUUUUUUGCUUCCGCCUCCAGUCCUCGUCCAACCCUCCCAGAAAAAACCCUCGAUCGAUCGAUCGUACUCCACCUUGCAGCGACCACCACCAUCGCAACCCUCCUCUCCGAUCAAAACCAUCGAUCGCCGCCUUCCUCUCCGAUCCGGCGUCCUCCGAUUUUCCGACCAUCACAGUCGAUUGCAGCAGCCGGCGAACAACAAGGUCAUAGCGACAACUUCAACUAGCGACCAAGCGGCGACUCCUCCUCUGCUCGCCGCCGUUAACCAGCGCCUCCCCUGUGAAGCCACCGGCCGGAGACCGUCGCCCCCACAGCUACACUGGAGACUUCGACCUCACAGCUACAGCCAAAUACACUGGAUGGGUAUAUUUAAGCCAAAUACACUGGAUGCAAUGGAUGAUGAUGGUGUUGACACUUCUCAUCAUGAGCCACCACCUUCUGCUGCUUCACCUUCUGCAGCUUCACCUUCUGCUGCUUCACCUUCUGCUGGUUCACCAGAUACUGCUACACCAUCCGGUAACCCCAACAAAAGGUCUAAACCCUCAACUCCUGUAGCUCCUAGUGCCUCACCAUCUGCUUCUUCACCUGAUGGAACUUCUGUUACUGCUGACGAUUUAGCAUUUGAAAUGAAAAAAGCUCUACAAAGUUUGACUAAAGGGUAUACAAUUCCUCAGUGUUUAGAGAAGUUAGAGGUCCUUCGGUUAGGCCCUACAGAUCCUUUACGCUUUGUCGCAUAUCAUAUUUUUGGAGGAACCAUGAACAUGAGAGAGAUGUGGAUGCAUUUGCCUAAUGUUCCCGAGAUAUUACGAGGGUGGCUUGAGAUGACGGGUACCAGUUUAGGAGUUUUGAAGGAUGGGAAGAUUGUUCGAUGA